UGUCGCUCCUAGUUACCUUUCGGGUAGAGAUUCUACUAGGGAUUAUUGAACAUGUAACCGCCCAUUCGGAUAGGCUCAAUCUAGCUAAAUGCAGCUCGCGCUUGUACUCCCUCCUGCGGCUAGCAGCAUAUGCUUACCUGGAGCUAGAACAAUGUUGCUCGCACCGAUUGAGAAAUAUGACCUAUUAUCUACUUCAGAACUCCUCAAUAAGCGAGGCGAUCGAGUUCCUCUUGCUGGGGUAGGAAAUACCUGUGUACCACCAAGUUUGUCAUUCUCCUGCAGAGUCAUCCCGGUGGAUAAACCAUCUCCAACAACUCACAGAGGCCGAUGCUUGGACUGCCACUCAUUCUAUACGUGCUACCUAAUCUCGCGCGCUUGGAAUGGUUCUGGGGAGGCCGCGGCACUAGAUUUACAGAGAUGCUCCUGAACCGAGCCUCGCUGCAGGAGCCUCAUCAUCAUGCACGAGUCCUACAAGUAGUCGGAGGCUCUGUGAUAACUAGCAGGCCGCUUGGAUCCCUCAUUAAAAUAUACGAUUCUUUCAUGAUUAUCCAUGGCUCGCUGGUCCUGGCAGGUGCUAGGACCACGUUUGCUUCAUCUCGAGGAAGAAUGGAGAAGGCGGCCUCCCCGAAAGCAAUUGGGAGUUGAGAAGCCUAAGGUUUGUUGUAAGGGGGGUAUGCUAGGUCGCUAUCCUAUCGGAGAAAUAUCUGUUCCCUUCGCUGGGGGUUAUAAUAACGGUUACUGUAUUCUCUGGCUGAAGGUCUAUGGGGGGAAGAGCGACAUCAUGGGGUCAACAAGCAAGCUGAGUGGAGACUAGAUAAUAUUGUUAGUAUUGCGAUGGAUCGUUUAUUUAUACAUAUAUUGUAUGCAUUGAUAUUUAUUAAUAAAGUACCCAUACCGGUAUGCGAACAUCA